AGCAGUUUCCUCCUCUAACUUCUCCUACAGUGGACGGCCAAAAUCUUAAAAUCCUAAAGAAAUAUUAUUAUUGUUUAGGGUCCCCACUCUCAAGUUUCGGUACUUUACUACUUUCAUAUAUAUUAUAAUAUAAUAUCAUCUUAUGAUGUAUAUUUAUUACUGGACUAUAUAAAAUACACUGAACAAUUCCAACUGAAAACAACACCACAAGCACACAGCGCCUGCGCCUUACGAGUUACGGCCUACAGUCAAUAGUCGAUCCACGCAUUGUCGAGACUCGAGAGGUUGUCGAUUGCCGGCGUUGUUGAGUUAACAUCACGGCAAACGUAAUCCGCACAAAAUACAGUAACAUAAUAUUACAUUUUUUUCGAUUGCCGGCGUUAAAUCGUAACUACACUCCCAAAAAUCACCGAAACCGGCAACUUCUUACGACAGCUAUUCAAUUCCAAUAACAGAUAUUGGUAUGUCGUCGAGAUACAGAGAUUCUGGCAAUCCAGAUUGUAAAAUAUAUGUCGGUGAUUUGGGAUCGUCAGCAUCGAAACAAGAUUUAGAGGAUUCUUUCUCAUAUUACGGACCAAUCCGUAAUGUUUGGGUAGCGAGAAACCCGCCCGGUUUUGCUUUUGUAGAAUUUGAAGACCCUCGAGAUGCUGAAGAUGCGGUCAGAGGAUUAGACGGCCGCAGCAUUUGUGGCAGACGAGUUAGAGUUGAGUUAUCCAAUGCUGGCUCUCGUAAAGGAUCAUACCGUGGUGGGCCACCACGUCGUGGACGCCCAUUUCAUCCAGAAGAUAAAUGUUAUGAAUGUGGAGACCGUGGACAUUACGCACGCGAUUGUCGUCGUUUUAAAGGAGGGCGACGCAGGUCAUAUACUCCAUCUCGUUCGCGUUCGCGAUCACGAUCACGUUCACGCUCCUACAGCCGUAGUCGCCAUUCUCGAUCAGUGUCAAAAUCUGGCUCACGAUCGCGUUCCAAGUCUGCUGUGUCCCGGCGCUCGGUUUCCAAAUCUAGAUCUCGCAGCCGAUAAGCUAAAUAGUUUUACGUUGUAUCAAAUCUUCUCUUUAGGACACGGACAUGAGUUUUAUUACUACAUUCACGCCGAUCAAAUACAGAAAACUUAACUGGAACGUAUCUACUAUACAAUAAUUAUUGACCUAGAUUUUGCAUUAUCUUAUAAAAAAAUGUUUUACUAUUUUUAUUUUAUUUUUUUGUUAGAAAUGUAAAAAAUUAAAAUAUCACACUUGAUUGGUUGAAUUAAUUUUUACCUAGUUAUUUUAUUUCAAGCAUGUAUAAAAAAAAAAAUCUUUUAUAAUAAGCUUCAUAAUUCAAAAGUCAACUUUUUUUCUCUUUUACAAUAUCAUUUUUUGUAAUUACUUAAUUGUAACUAGUGGUUAUUAUUAUAAUUCAUUAUAUUGUCUUUUAAAACGCAUUUGAUUGUUGAACGCAUUUAUUGUUUAUCUACACCAAAUCAUUGCGUAAAUAUUAGCACGUAGCACUUUCCGAUUUUGACAUAAAAUUAUAAUGAAAUAAAAGAGCCUUGCUAAAUA